CAUUGAGAUCGUGAUGUAAAAUUUUUGGUUUUUCUAGUUUUCAACUACUAUUUUAUAAUAGCAUCUAUUUUUUUUAAAUUCAAUUUUCGAUUUGAAGAUAUCUUUUUUUAAGUGAUCGUCGAAUAUAUUUGAAAAUAGAAUUUUAGAAUGUUUCUGUGUACCAUCCUGUGUUUAGUCUGUAUAAUGCAGUCCGUUAUCUGUGGCGAUGCAUGCGAAAGAUACAAAAGAGCUACAUGUCGAAAAGACCAGUGGCAAUGUCGCGACGGCACGUGCAUCGGCUUCGACGGCAAGUGUGACGGUGUCGUCGACUGUCCGGACGGCAGCGACGAGACGCACCCGCUCUGUAGAAGCAGCCGAUGUCAGAGCAACUGGUUCCGGUGCACGUACGGCGCAUGCGUGGACGGGACUGCGCCGUGCAAUGGCGUGCAAGACUGCGCGGACAACUCGGACGAGCUGCAUCCGCUCUGCAGGAACGAAAGCCGACCAAUCAAUUUCGUAGUAUGCACCAACGGAGUCAACAUUCCCGCUGAGUACCAAUGUGACGGCAUUUGGCAUUGUCCGGACGGUUCAGACGAGAUGGUGAGAUCGUGCGCUGCCCAGACCUGCCCCCCGUACCUGUUCCAGUGUGCAUAUGGUGCCUGCGUCGACCAGGGAGCUGACUGUAACGGGAUACAAGAAUGCGCGGACGAUUCGGACGAAUCUGACGAACUGUGCCGUAGAAUUUCGGUGACUUCUGAUUUGAGCAACAGAAAUUAUGACAAGGUCACUCCUCAAGCAGGUGCGUGCGUCUUACCCCCGUACCCUGAAAACGGACGGUACACAGUCACAAACGCGCCAAACCAGUCGCCAGGCCAAUCUUCCGACUUGUAUCUCCUGAACGUUACCUGCGAGAAGGGGUACAGAGUAUUUGGCGAGAGUAAUGUAUACUGCUUCCAAGGGUUCUGGAGUGUUGAUAAUCUACCAAGUUGUGUUCGGUACUGCCGUCUGCCACCGGAGCAAAGUGUGGAGUACUGGUGCGCGGUGGCGGAUGGCGUCGUGGAAGGUCGCCGGGCCUGCGCCGAACACGAGCCUCACGGCACGGUGGUGAGGACGCAGUGUAAACCCGGUUACUACGGACGACCACCCACCAUGACGUGUGUGGACGGAGCUUGGGAUUUCCACGCUCGAUGUUCACAAGAAUGCGGUCACGUAACGCCAGACGGCGAGGAGUUGAUCAUAGGCGGACGACGAGCUGAACGGGGCGAGUUGCCGUGGCAUUGUGGUAUUUACCGUAAGACGACUACCCCGUACAUGCAGAUCUGCGGUAGUUCUCUGGUCAGACCCAACGUCGUCAUAUCAGCGGCGCAUUGCUUUUGGAGCGAGGACGUGGGUCUUCUGCCGGCGAGGGACUUCAGCGUGGCGGCCGGCAAACUGUACCGGCCCUGGCACGACCCAAUGGAUACGGACGUGCAGAAAUCUGACGUAAGCUCUAUCCACAAGCCGUCGCGUUUCACGGGAUCCUUGUCGAACUUCCAAGAGGACAUAGCGAUAGUAAAGCUCACCACCUCGUUCACAUACAAACCCCAUAUAGCGCCGGUGUGCUUAGACUUUGACGAGGGGUUUGACAAGUACCAGCUUGACGGGAAACGGUUGGGGAAGGUGGCAGGCUGGGGGCUGACAAGUAUCAACGGCGAGGCGUCCCCCAAGCUGAAGGUGGUGGAAUUGCCCUCAGUGGACUACAACAAGUGCUACCAGCAGGUACCUUACAACUUCCGCGCGUACCUCACCAGUGACAAAAUAUGCGCCGGAUAUAAGGAUAAUGGUACGGCAGUCUGCAAGGGCGACAGCGGAGGUGGCCUAGCAUUUCCCGAAUUCGAACGGACCACCGUCCGAUUCUACCUUCGAGGCGUGGUCUCCACCGCGCCAAACGACGAGAACCUAUGCAAUGGGAACACAAUUACUGCACUCACUCACGUCCUGAAGCAUGCUUCGUUUAUAAGGAAAUAUUUAUAGAAUACAAAAAUGGUGUCUUUGUAUACUAAUACUGCCUUUUUUUACUUAAUCUCAAAUGGCAAUAAGCUAACGUCCCAUCCAAUUGAACGUUUAAAAUCAGUAUAAAUAAAAGUCGGUUUGAUUACACCAUUGAUAACUCCAAAAUGGCUGGACAGGUUGUGGACAAGUCCAAAAUGGCAGGAUUUUGGUAGUAUUUGCCCCGAAUAGCAGAAAAACUUUUUUUUUAAAUGGGUGAAAAUGGCAUGGUAACCCCGCCUGUGCAAUCGGUAUACGCUGGUAUAUCGAUUGCGCAGGCGGGGUAUCAGUGAGUGGUAACAGAUGAGGAUUUAAAGACAGGUCACACUAGUGAAGGAUGAUAGGUGAAGACGAAAUUUAGUUUACAUUAGCAAGUACUAGUGGAAGAUAAAAAAUGAAGAUGAAAGCAGGUCAGCCCAUCGUGAUGAAAUCACCAACAAUUAACUAUGCGUCAAUUUCAAC